GCGCGCGUAACCCAGCGCACCGUCAGCCUUCUCGCAUCGAACUCGAAGCCAGACGACGCGACAUUGAGGGCCAAGUCGGCGGGUCUCACGCAGCGCGCACUCAGUUUGCAGUCUGGUAGCGGAGCGAGCAGACGUCUGUUCGAACGUCUCACAAACGCGCUCUGACAAAACGCAUUUCUCUUUCGGAAAGGAAUUCUCUCGUAGUCGUGUAUAUAAGUAGUUACUCUACUCCUCAUUCACGCAGAGAGAAAGAGACAGUCAAGACUCUACCGAGUUUCGAAGCAGGGUUCAAGUUCACUGUUUGAGAAGAUUUUCGUCUGAUCGUGUGAUCGUGAUAUAUAGAUAUAUAUUUUUCUCUCUCGAGAUUUCGAUCUCGAUUUUUUUUUUAAUAUACAUAUAUGUACGUAUGUAUGGAUAUAUCUAUAUAUAUAUAUAUAUAUAUAUGUGUGUGUAUAUAAAUAUCGUGCAGGACAGCAGCCAUCAGUGAUUCGAACAUUUCUUUCGGCCGAUCGAGAACGAAAGGAUUAAUUUUCUAUCGGCAUUUAUCGAAAGUGGUGGACCAUAUAUUCUUUCUUUCCUUUUUCUUUCUGUUCUUCUGUUUCCUCGCUCCUACACGAAACGCGUACUUAAUCGAGACGUUCGUUUGUGGUGCGGAAUUGAACGAUAAAGAAGAGAGAACCGAAGGAUUCAACAGGAAGAAAAUCGAGCAAUAAUUCCACGUUAUGCCGACAGUGACUUAGAAAUAUUCUACAGGAACAUUGGUUAUCGUGUCGUUCGUGAACUUUUUCAAAAACGAAAAGAGAAAUCUAUAGGACAAGAAAACUCGUGUGCGUGCAUUCUCUGUCGCGCGCGUAUAAUAAAACUUUGAUCGUUCGAUCGAUCGCAUAACCGAAUUAAAUCGGACAAUCUUGAAAAAAAUAAUCUUUAGUUUUUGUUCAUCGUUCUUGUUGUUGUCUAUUAUCACUAUUCUUAUUUUUAUUAUUAUUACAAUUAUUAUUACUACAACUACUAUCGUCACUACCAUCAACCAUCGCUAUUAUUCGUACGAACGCUUGACGCAUAUAGAAGCAAAGUGCAUCGACCGUUGGACGUGCUAUCGUAUCCGAAAGAAUCUUUCAAAAUUGAUGUACUAAGAAGACGAAUUAUGGUGGCAGAAUUUGUCGCCCGUCAGAGUGGAUCGCCCAUAAAUGGUGAGACCGCUUGCCUAAACAGUAACAUGCCGGCCAGCCACACAAUGGCGCACGCAGGUCACGCUGGCCACGGUGGUCACGAUGCUCACGGACCACUACCACCACUUACACAUCCGGCUCAUCAUGGUGCACCUAUUCAGCAGCAGCAGCAGCAACACGCACCGCAGCAGCAGCCGCAACAACCACCGCCGCCACCACCUCAGCAGCCUUCGCAUCAUCAUCACCAUCACCACCAGACGCAACAGCAGCAACAACAUCAUCAACAGCAGCAACAGCAGCAGCAACAGCAACAGCAGCAGCAGGCGCAACAGCAGCACCAACAACAGCAGUCACAGCAACAUCACAUUCACCAAGACUCACAACAGGUGACACAUCCCGAAAACUUCCCCCCGAACUUCGACAUCAGAAAAGAGCUCUUUUCCCAGCGCAAGCAGAGAGAGUUCAUCCCGGACAACAAGAAGGAUGACAGCUAUUGGGACCGGAGGAGACGCAAUAACGAGGCGGCCAAGCGGUCGCGCGAGAAGAGGCGAUUCAACGACAUGGUGCUAGAGCAGCGUGUCAUGGAGCUGAGCAAGGAGAACCAUAUACUAAAGGCGCAACUCGAGGCUAUACGCGACAAAUUCGGUAUAUGCGGGGAGUCCGUGAUAAGUACGGAACACGUGCUCGCGGCAUUGCCCGCGGAACCACCGAUAAGCGUGAAAAGGGCGAAACUACCGGCCUCGGCAGCCCUCCUUUACGCGAGAACACCGAGUCCCGUUCACACGUCGGUGAUCCAUCAGCCUGUUAGCGGUGCCAGAUCGCCUAGAUCACCGGCCCAGCUUUACGUGCCCGAAACAACCGCUUAUCCGGAAACGGAAAGCUUCCAAUAUCCUUAUCCGCAUCCGGCCAUGCAUCUCGAUACGACGAGCGCGUUGAAUUUAUCGCGAGGACGAAGAGCACAGUCGCCGUUCGAGUUAUCCUCCGGUAGCGGCGACGAGGGCGGGCCACAGAUGAUAGUAAAUUCUUCGGCCAACAACAGUCUGCCGCACAAACUCAGGCAUAAAUCCCGUAUAGGUGACAAGGACGCCGCAAGUGCUCUACUCGCAUUGCAAGGUAUCAAACAGGAGCCCGGACCAAGAGCGUCGCCACCUUGGGACAAUGAAGGUUCUAGCGACGAACGGGAUUCUGGUAUAUCAUUGGGAGCCGAAUGGACUGGACCAAGCGUGGCUACCGUCCCGGAAAGUGAGAGGGAAGUCAAGUCGAGGCUCGACCGUCUUGCAUCCGAAGUUGCCUCAUUGCAGUCCAUACUGCGCCUAGGCAAGCCAACCGACAGUCUGAUGGCUGGACAUUCAUUGCCAACUAAUGCAACGACACACAAUGGACCAUGAACAAAUGUCAUCGUCGUUUUCACGAACUUGUGUCGAUGGAAUUUACCCUGUUCUAAACGAACUAUCGUGUUUUUAUCAUAUCCAUCUUCGAGAUGCUCGAAAACCGAUUCGAUCAACAUCCGUACACGUCUCGACGAACUUUUAAUGGUCGUACUCGUCGAUUGGUUCUCGCCGAACGAAAGAACGGAGAGAGGAGAGGGUGACCAAUUCCUUCGUCCAAUGUCGAUCAUCAUACGCGAAGCGGAACAUCGAUUAUUCUUAUUGGCGGAAAAAUGAACUCGAUUCUGGGCGUCUUCGAUUCUUUCGCUUUGCACGGUGAUAUUCGUCGAGAAAGGAAGGAGGAGGGGGGAGACCCUUUACCGGACGGAUAUUCUCUCUCCCCUCUUCUUCCUUAACUUUCCCCACCCGGUCACCUCUCCUCCCCCCGCCCCUCCACACCGCUCCAUCCGAUGCGUCGAUGCUGUCGCAAAGUAGUAACUGAUAAAACGAACGAGAUACGAUAUUUAGGUUACUCGUUACUCUAAUUACGUUCUUAUUAAGAUCUUUAAGCUAUUCGUUAUAUUUUAUUCAUUAUCGUUAACAGCGAGUUUGUUAAUUUGGGACAGUCGUAUAUCGCUAAACGCAUACAUAGAUCGAUACGAAACUAUCGGAGUUUAUUCGGAAUCACAGAGAUCGUCUCUAAACAGGUAAUAUUAAGUGAACGAACACUUGAACGAACCGUUCUCAUCUUGAGAACAUUCUUAUCGAUCUUUCGGCUAGCAUCGAUGCGUUCUCGAGUAUCGAGCUUAGUUUACGAAUACAAAGUUUACCUGCUCUGGACGAGAUGCAUCGUUAUAUACGUUUAUCCACGUAAUAGAUAUUUACGUAUAUACGAAUCUAAAAAAUAUUUUCACGUUUUAGACUACCAAUCGCAACGAGAGUUAUUAUUUUUCUAUACCUUCGUGAAUUUCUUUUUCUUUUUUUUUCUUUCUUUCUUUCUUUCUUUCUUUUUUCUUCUUUUUCUUUCUGUUUUCUGUCUUUUUUUUUUUUUUAUCCCACUCCUUACGUGCCGUAUUCAUCUUAAGCGGAUUUACUCUUAAAUAUAAUAGAGGAGUGUUAAGCCGCUUUCGCAGGAACAUUUGCGAUAUUACAUAAAUGUACUUCCGUUUUCUCUUCGAUGCGAAUACGAUAUCUCAGCACGUAAGCAUAUUUCGUGAAUAAAUACGAACAUUUCAUUUAUAGAAUAUACACGUAAGAAAAACUUUAUCUGGCAAAAUUAUAAUCCGUUCGAUUUGAACGAGACCGAUCCGAACGUUCGCGCGAAAGCGACUUUAUUCUACGAUUAAUGUAAUCGCGGUCGCGCAACCGGCUAUCUCACUACCAUCAAGAUACGUUUGAAAGGUAAAUUUCGUAUCAUCGAGAUCGUUAACCGUGAAGCAAUAGAUAAGCUCUCGUUACGAUACCAUCCAAGAAAAGAAGAUCAUUUUGAUUUUCUUCGUACGUAAGUACGUAGACCAAUACAUACAUAAACAUGUCGUUUAAAGAAGAAUAGAUAUGUGUAUCAUGCGAAUAUACACUAAGUCGCCUUACUAGCAGUUAGUCUAUAUAUAUGUGUGUAUAUAUAUGUAUGUAUUAUAUGUGUGUGUAUAUAUGUAUGUAUAUAUAAAUAUAUAUGUAUGUAUAUAUGGCACAUGAUAAAAUCAAAAUGACAAUUAUCAUUAUCUUGUUCUUUCUUUGUCUCUCAGAAAAUUGGAGCCUCUUUAUACGAUCGAACGAAUGAAUUCAUUCUAUAUGAAACGAUACGAAAUUAUUACGUUCGCCGAGAAAAAAGAAAGAAAGAAAGAAAGAAAAAAAGAAAAGAAAAAAAAGAAAAAGAGAAUUAAAUAAAUAAAUCGAUCAAUCAAUAAAACGCGAGCUGUUUUAUGAGAAAUCUUCACGAUCGUGUGUUUAGCAAUCGUUUUCAUUAUGAUAUUGUCAUAGUUUUAUCGUAAACGUUUUUCACCCUUCGCCUUUCGUCCCUUCGUACCCCAUCAUCCUUCAUCUUCUCGUGACUGUUUUCUUUUACUAUUUUUCUUUUAUCGGUGAUCGUAAACGAGAUGCGAUCGCGCGCAUAUGUCUACGUAUUUAAAAGGAUCGACGAUUCAUCAUACAGAUUAAAAACGCAUAUAUACAUACAUACACUGUAGACUUGCAAUUUACGCAACUGCAGUUUGUGCUUUGCACAGCACUACGUUAAAAGUUAUUUAUCGGAAUAUCGGUAAAAUUUUUAAGUAUCUUCAUCGGAUCUUCGUUAUAAGCCGAAAUUAAUCUUUAAACCGAUAUUUAGGAUCGAAGUAUUAAGUGAGCCUAUAGUUAUAUAUUAAAAACGUAAAUAAAUAAACAAAUAUAUAUAUAUACAUAAAUAUAUAUAUAUAUAUACAUACGUAUAUGUGCAUAUAUAUGUAUAUGUAUAUACAUAUAUAUACACACACACACAUAUAUAUAUAUAUAUAGAAAUUAAUGUAUUUUUCGAUAUCGUGAUUAUGGCGAGCGGUUAUUGUUUGCAAAUUGUCGAUUUGCCGUAUAAAUAAAUUCAUCGAAUCGAAACGAAUGUCGUCCAUCGUACGUCUCACUAAUGCAAUGAAAAUUUUUUGUGAAAACAAAAUUGAAUGUUUUCAACCAACGAAUGACUGAUUUUCGAGAAAAAGCGGGCGACUUUUGCAAAAUGUAAAAAAGUUAUUUGGAAAUACGUCCUAUUAGAAGAAUUUACAUAUACCUUUAUGUCUAUUAUAUAAUAUAUUGUAUACAUGUAUAUGUACAUAGUAAGUCAUAGUAAUAUUCGAACACUUUAUGAAAUAACGUGUUUUUUUCUUUUUUUUUCUUUUUUUUUUUUUUUUUUUUUUUUUAACUAAUCGCAAACAAAGUGUUCUAAAGAUUGUUUAGUGUAUCUAUAUGCAACAUAAUUUGUGUGAAUCUACAUAUAGUAUAUGAAGAAUUGAAGAAAAAAUUAUUUUUACAAAUACAAAAUGAGAUUCUUUUUAUGAUAUUUCAUCGAGAUAUUUUAUAAAAAAAAAAAAGAGAGAGAGAGAGAGAGAGAGAGAGAGAGAGGAAAAAAGCCAAAAAAAAAAUUAUAAUAAUUGAUCGAUUUUUCUGUGUCAGAAUAAACGUAAACCAGAUCUACAAAAUGCAUAUAUUAUUUCUUUAAGCUUUAGAUAGCAAGUAUAAAAAAGAAAAAAAAAAUUCUCAUUUUGUACCUUUAUCGUUGUUAAAAUAAAAGAAAACUAUUUUUU